AUGAGUAAAUAUAAACAAUAUGAUGUUUUGUUAAUAACAGCAAGAAAAUUGGAUGAAGAAUUACAUUUUGGAGUAUUUGGACGUUUUUGGUGGCAAUCAUUCAAAGGAAAUUUGAAUUUUAUCUUUCGGCCUGGUUUUGUUUAUGAAGCAAAUGGUAUUACAAGUUCUAUUAAUGAUACUUCUUCUGGAGCAAUAAACUCUUUAUAUUCAACAUUAUUCAAUUCAAAAACAAGAUUUUCUGGUCCAUUAAUAUGUGGUUAUAAUAAUAGGAAAAUUACCAAAGAAAUUAUGAAUGAUGUUCCUUUUCAACUAUUUAUAUUAACAAUUGGUAAAUUGCAGGUGUUUAUAGGAAUUAUGAGAGUUUCUGAUUGUAAGGUUUUAAAAUAUGUAGGAUUGAAAUAUAUGUCAUCUUUUAUUUAUCAAAUUGGAAAAAUACAAACAUUAUUUGUACAAAGGAUUUAUCAUCAUCAUUGUUCAAUAACCUUAUACCAGAAUGAACAAAUAUAG